AUGUCGAAUUUAGAGAAACUUGUUUUGGCUCGUAUAGUUUGGACAAAGAAAACACUUAUUGAUGGUAAUAAUUUGAAGUUGAAUAUUAUAAAUUAUAUGCCAUUGUUAAACAAAUUUACAUUUAAUAUUCAUUCAUCAACUCAUUUUUAUACUAAAUUUAAUCUACCAUCUAAUGAAUAUAUUCAAGAAACAUUCAAAGAUUUUAAAAAUAAACAAAUCAUUUCUUCUGUUGAUUAUUUCAAAGAAAAAGAAUAUAGUCAAUGUCAUAUUUAUUCAUAUCCAUAUCAAUCGAUAUAUUACAAUAAUAUAACAAAUAAUUUUCCAGGUGGAAUAUUUGAAUACGUUCGUGAAAUAUCAUUAUUUGAUGAACGUUCAUUUGAACAUGAAUUUUUUUUUCAAAUUUCUCAAUCAUUUCCAUUCUUGGAAAAACUAACUUUAGUUAAUCAAAAACCACAAAAUAAUAAACAAUUAAGAAAAUCAAAAAAUUAA